UUCUCAACAAAUAAAGAAGCUUCUCUCUUCCACUCUCUCUCUCAUCUCCUUAGUGAUAAAAAAUCAUUCCCUCUCUUUCUCAAUCUCUCCUCCCAAAUUUUGAUUCCACUGAGCAUCAAUGGAUACUGUUGAGGCCGCAAUUGAAAUCCAAGACUGGGAGCUUCUCCAAACCAACUCGGACACAGAGGCGGCGCCGGUGACCUCCUCGGCUGCCUCGUUCGACGCAAUUGACUCCACCGCCUUGAUUCAGGCCAAUUAUUUCGCAUCGGACCCUCACGAUCGUUGCGAGGUGCCUGUGGAUGAUGGUGAUUCGGUUGGGGAUGGUAGCCCUAGCUGGAAUGAUCCGUUGUUGGGGGAGUAUUCGCUCCACCGCCCUAACAAGGAGCCAUCCGAAUUUUGGCCGGAUUCUGGCAGUGAGAGGUCUGGAGAUCAGAAAUUAGGCGAAUUGGAGGGGGGAAACGAGUUAGGGUUUCGCGAAAUUGAGGAAGACGCUAAAUAUGAGGCGAUUGAGGUGAAAGGGGAGGAUUUGGGGGAUUCCGGCGUGGAAUCGGUUGGAGUUGACGGCGAUUCUGCUGAAAUCGGCGAUGUUUCCGAGAUGAGCAGAGUUGAUGGCGAGUCUGCUAAAAUUAGCGAUGUUUCUGAGGUGAGUGUGGAAGGAGACGUGGAUAUGCGCGCUGAUUCGCAGGUUUCGAGCGAUGAGAUUGAGGGGAUUGAAAGCGGAGGUGAAGUUGUUGACGUUGCGGCCGGGAUGAAAAACGGCGGUGGUGAGCUUGAGAAGAGCGGCGUAGUGUGGUGGAAGAUGCCAAUGGAGUUUCUGAAGUACUGUAUGAUGAGAAUGAAUCCUGUUUGGACUGUCCCGGUCGCUGCUGCUUUUUUGGGGUUUGUGAUUUUAGGCCGCAGGUUGUAUAAGAUGAAGAGGAAGUCUAAGGGGUUGAAGAUCAAUGUUGCUGUUGAUGAUAAGAAGGCAUCUCAGGUGAUGAGCCGCGCCGCUCGUCUGAAUGAAGCUUUCUCAGUCGUGAAACUGGUCCCAGUGAUCCGCCCUGCACUGCCGUCUGUUGGCUCCACUAGCAGCUGGUCCGUGAUGAGCAUAAGAUGAGGAGCCUAGGAAAUUUUUAUACUUGAAAGAAGUCAUCGAUGUUGAGCUUACGCUUAGAUGCCAGUAUAUUUCUAGUUUAUAUCGUGUGCUAAUAUUAGUUUUCCUUUUACCUGUUUGCCAUAAAAAGCUUCUGUUCCAUUGGCUAUGUAUCUAAGACUCAAAUGGCUUGGUUAUUAAAUCUGUUUUCUCAA